GGCAGGAAAGAGAAAGGAGACCCACUAAACUCUGCCAUCGACAAGAUGACCAAGAAGACCAGGGAUCUGCGCAGACAGUUGAGGAAGGCAGUGAUGGACCACAUCUCAGACUCGUUCCUGGAGACCAACGUGCCGCUGCUGGUGCUCAUCGAGGCGGCCAAGAGUGGCAAUGAGAAGGAGGUCAAGGAGUAUGCGCAGGUGUUCCUCGAGCACGCCAACAAGCUGGUCGAGGUGGCUAACCUGGCCUGCUCCAUCUCCAACAACGAGGAGGGGGUGAAGCUGGUCCGCAUGGCUGCCACCCAGAUUGACAGCCUCUGCCCACAGGUGAUCAAUGCGGCCCUCACUCUGGCUGCUCGGCCCCAGAGCAAGGUUGCCCAGGACAACAUGGAUGUGUUCAAGGACCAAUGGGAGAAGCAGGUGCGCAUCCUCACCGAGGCCGUCGACGACAUCACCUCCGUGGAUGACUUCCUGUCCGUGUCAGAAAACCACAUUCUGGAGGACGUGAACAAGUGCGUGAUCGCCCUGCAGGAGGGCGACGUGGACACCCUGGACCGCACGGCGGGCGCCAUCAGGGGUCGGGCGGCCCGCGUCGUCCACAUCAUCAACGCGGAGAUGGAGAACUACGAGCCUGGCGUUUACACCGAGCGCGUCCUGGAGUCUAUCAAGCUGCUGUCUGAGACCGUCAUGCCCCGUUUCGCUGAACAAGUGGAGGUGGCCAUCGAGGCGCUGAGCACAAACCCCCCACAGCCCUUCGAGGAGAACGAGUUCAUCGACGCGUCCCGCCUGGUCUACGACGGCGUGCGUGACAUCCGGAAAGCCGUUCUCAUGAUAAGGACACCUGAGGAGCUGGAGGAUGACUCAGACUUUGAGCAGGAGGACUAUGACGCCCGCAGCAGGACCAGCGUCCAGACGGAGGACGACCAGCUCAUCGCCGGACAGAGCGCCAGGGCAAUCAUGGCCCAGCUUCCUCAGGAGGAGAAGGCGAAGAUCGCCGAGCAGGUGGAGAGCUUCCGGCAGGAGAAGUGCACUGACGCCGAAGUGGCCAAGUGGGACGACAAUGGCAACGACAUCAUCGUCCUUGCCAAGCAGAUGUGCAUGAUCAUGAUGGAGAUGACAGACUUCACCAGAGGCAAAGGGCCCCUGAAGAACUCCUCUGAUGUCAUCAAUGCCGCCAAGAAGAUCGCAGAGGCAGGCUCCAGGAUGGACAAACUGGCCCGCGCUGUCGCCGACCAGUGCCCUGACUCGGCCUGCAAGCAGGACCUGCUGGCCUACCUGCAGAGAAUCGCCCUGUACUGCCAUCAGCUCAACAUCUGUAGCAAGGUCAAGGCCGAGGUCCAGAACCUGGGAGGAGAGCUCAUCGUCUCUGGGCUGGACAGCGCCACCUCCCUGAUCCAGGCGGCCAAGAACUUGAUGAACGCUGUGGUGCUCACAGUCAAGGCUAGCUAUGUGGCGUCCACCAAGUACGCCAAGGUGUACGGCGCCGCUGCCGUCAACUCGCCUGUGGUCAGCUGGCGCAUGAAGGCGCCCGAGAAGAAGCCCUUGGUGAAGCGGGAGAAGCCUGAGGAGUGCCAGACGCGUGUUCGACGGGGCUCACAGAAGAAGCACAUCUCGCCCGUCCAGGCCCUCAGCGAGUUCAAGGCCAUGGACUCCUUCUAAAGAUGUC